CACGUGAUCACAGAAGGAUUUCUUCCGCUUCCAUGAAGGACCAGCGACGAGCUAUAUCUUCCAUCAAGAAGGCUAUAGAGACCUGUGAUGCUGCUCUGGAUCUACUUGCCCAGUCCUCGCAGGCGGAAGAUGUCCCCCCACCCGAACUGGCGGUCAUUCGUCAAGACUUUCUGUCUUUACUUCUACUGAUCUAUGGAUCAGCAACGAAGAUUUCACUAGCCAUGAAGCCCAAAGCUCCCACGCAUAGUGCAGCGCUCUCUCCGUUAAAGGACAUAUCUGAUCACAUCUCUGCUCUCGCCCACUGUACAAAUAUGUUGCUACCCCAAGUUCACGGGGCCACUCUUGUCCAGGAAUUCAAUGGCAUCUGCAGAGAUGUCAUCAAGUCAGUUAAAUCCCUUCUCGCUAUUUUUGACGCGUCCGAAACACGCGUUCUUGAACCGGGGGAUGAGUACCUCGUUAAAACCGGUGAAAUCCACCAUUUGAUUGAUAGAGCACGCUCGACAUCUGGAGACGGAUUGUCGAUUGACAAUCUGUCUGCUGUUCGAAAAAAAUGGCAGCAGGAUAGUGGUCCCUUGGACGAUGGUUUGAAGGAACUUAAUGACAUGAUUGAAUAUGAUGCAGAGGCUGAGGAGGACAAUGAGGAUGAUGGAUGGGAUGAAUUAGGCCUAGAGUCUGUGAAGUGCCUCGAUGAAAAGGAACUUGAACGGACUAAACAGGUACACACCAUUAUUCGAUUAUCAACGCUGUUACACAAACGAAUUCUGCGAGACUUUCUAUCGCCAUCAUCCUUGUCGGCCUCUCCGAUAUCAGAUCUUGACAAACUUGCGCUAUGUUCAUCAGCCCUGUUGUCGGCUUCGGACGACCUUAUCUCUUCCUUUUAUCCCCCUCAAGAUCCAUCUGCAAUAGCUGCUGAAUUUAAUAUCUUCCAAGAAUGCCUCGGCCGUCUCAAAUUAUCUGUUGACGCUCUCCUUGAUGGCCAGAUGCUGCAGGCACAGUUUGAUGCUCUCAGUGUCACAGACAAUAAUCCAACUCCGACUCUCACCAAGUGGUAUAAGACAUGUUUUGGACAAAUACAAAAAACUUCACAGAACCUAUUGCAAUGCCUGCCAGCCAAUUCAGAGGCCUGAUGCAUGUGUGGGAUAUACUCAAACGGGGGUAAGUGUUAUCUUCCCUUUCCCGCUGCAAUUCGAUCAUGGUUCUUCUCUAGGCCACGCAAGUCUCAUCGAUUAAUUACCCUUGGCUAUAGUCGGUUCAUGAAUGCCGCGAAGUCCGUAUACUCACACGAAACACUUACACGAAUAGAAGUGUUCCACAGACCAGAGCGUUUCCACUGUCGCCCUGUUUCGCCGAAUUGGCCGGAAUC